GGACCCGUACAGACCCACCCGGCAGAAACGAAACAAGGGCUUUUUGUGUUCUGGACAAAGAACGUUCUUGGAAUAGCGUAAGGUGACGUAGACGCUUGACGUCGUCCCGGAAGUCCAAAAAAGAUUUCGUGACGUCAAAGUGCUCACGUUAUGUGACACUACCUUAGUCCGCCAUGGGUGCCUCGUCGUCCUAUCCAGCUCCUGCACUGUCAUCAUCAAGAACUGUUAUUGUUACUGGAGGAAAUACUGGAAUUGGUUAUGAGACUGCGAAAGCCAUCGCACGAAUGGGAGCAAGGGUUAUUAUCGCUUGUCGUUCGGAAGAAAGAGCGAAAGAGGCCAUUGAAAAGAUGAAAAAGGAACACGAACAAAGCACUGAGAAAAGUAAAAGUGGUGAUAAAAGUCUGAACACUGCUGAAGCUGAAGGAAAAGAAGUACAAGAGAGAGAACCAGGCACUAGUCACCAGCUCCUCCUGGAGUACAUGCAUCUUGAUCUAAGCUCUCUAAGCUCAACUGUUGAGUUUGUGGUAAAAUUUAAACAGACUGGAUAUCCACUGCAUGUGUUAAUAUGUAACGCUGGAAUUGCAUUUGCUAAUCAAGGCUUGACAGCUGAUGGAUUUGAGACACACUUUCAGGUAAAUUACUUGAGUCACCUUCUUCUGGUACUGAAGUUGCUCCCUGUGAUGAAACAGUCUGUUAAUCCUGCAGACGCAAGGGUCAUUUUUGUUUCUUCCAGAAUGGAAAGAUGGAGAGGGGAAUUCAACCUAGCUAACAUUCAAGGGCAACUGAGCUAUGACAGAACAAAGUUUUAUUCCAUGUCUAAACUAUAUAUGGUCAUGAUAAUGUUCUAUCUUCACAAGCAUUUAGUUUCUCAGGGAAUCACCUUCUGUGCCCUUCACCCAGGCGUGGUCAAUACAGAGAUAACAAGGAGUUUUCAAGAUUUAUCUUUUCUGAAAAAUGGCUUCAAGGUGAUGAAUGUUUUGGGAAUGUUAGAAACACCUGAAAGGGGUGCAAUGACAACUAUCAACUGUGCUGUCAAUCCAGAGCUGGCUGGAGUCAGUGGUGUUUAUUACAUAAACUGCAAACCAGCUCAGCCAUCUCAGUUGGCAAGGAAUGAACACCACCAAGAUGCACUUUGGAAGUACUCUAUAGAAUGUUUAAAGGAUUAUGUAGAUGAGAAUCUUCUGUUUGAGUGUGGUUUUCUUAUUAACGAAUCAGAAGUCAAAGAACUUUUGUCUUCAAAAUAAGAUGAUGCCUUUUGAAAGAUUGGAACAUAACAACUGGAGUGUGUAAAAAUAAAGAUAAAAUUAAUGUAAGGAUACAACAUCACAAUGUCUGAUUUAAAAAAAAACUGUCAUGUUGCAUUGGUAGGCCAUGAUUCACUGACUGAUAUUACCUUUUUCAAAUUUAUAAAUGUAAAUAAAUUAUUCAUCACCACAGGAACAAACUUGCCAAAUAAUUUAUUUGGGAAAUUAUUUUACUUGUGACAAGAAGCUUUAGCAAGCUUAAAACCAGGAUAUCUAGGCUUUCAUAACUCGGUGCUGAAAAUGUAACACAAUUUCCACACCAGAGGUGCUUCCAAUACCACCUUUCUGUAAUAGCUAAACCCAUCUAAUUAAGGCUAGUAUCUGGCAAUAGCUUGUGUGAUAGUAGACAGGAUAUCACUUGCACUAGUUUGCUUGCCAAACAUUGCUUUACAUCUGUAAUUAUAUUUACUAUAUUGUCAAGUUAUCGGAGUGUGUUCUCGAUCAACUAGUCAUGAUCAACUGAUCAACUAGUCAUAAGAGAUUUUCUAUUAUUUCAGUGUCUUUUUUAAAAAAAAUAUAAUGUAUGCAAAAACAGUCGUAAAAGUUACCCAUGCAGCCACCUGACCUAUGUCUAAUUCUGUCCAGUUCUUUCCAUUUUGCAAACUCUUGUAGCUAUAAGAGGUUCCAUUAUAUGUAACACUUCCUAAUAUAUUAACAAUUAUUCUUAAUCUCUAGUUUUCUAUAAAUUAUUUAGAAAUUUGAUUAUAUAUGCUGUAAUGGUCUUAGUCAGCCAUUUUAAAGUGCUGCUGAUUUUCACACUGAAAGAAAAUAACUAACUGCUCAAGACAUACAAUUCCAAUAUUUGAGCUUGUUUUCUCGUGAAAGACAAGCUGGGCCAUGUUGAUACUUUUCUAAACUCUCGUCACCUGUCUUUCUGACCAUGCAUUGAUGAUGUUACGAGAAAUUAGAUAGCUAUAAAUCUUGUGGAUAAUGUAGUUAGGAUAAAUGUUACACUACAAGCACUUGCACUCUUCAUCAUGUCAGAUCCUAUCUGUGAGCAAUCUUUUUAGUUUUGCAAGUCAGUUGUGAAAAUGAGA